AGGACCCAGUGUACCGCAGGUGGUUUCACUCAUGAUGAGCUGCUGAAGGUAUGGAAAGGACUGUUUUAUUGUAUGUGGAUGCAGGACAAGCCGCUCCUGCAGGAAGAACUAGGAAGGACUAUUUCCCAGCUCAUCCAUGCUUUUCAGACCACAGAGACACAGCACCUGUUCCUUCAGACAUUCUGGCAGACCAUGAACCGUGAGUGGCCGGGCAUAGACAGACUGCGCCUGGACAAGUACUACAUGCUCAUGCGGAUGGUGCUGAACGAGUCCUUGAAGGCCGUGAGAAUGCAGGGCUGGGAAGAAAGACAGGUCAAGCAGCUGCUGGAGCUGCUGACGACCGAGAUCCUGCACCCCAACAGCCAGGCCCCCAAUGGGGUGAAGAGCCACUUCCUUGAGAUCUUCCUGGAGGAGCUGAGCAAAGUGGGCGCCCAGGAGCUUACGGCAGAACAGAACCUCAGGUUUAUCGACCCCUUCUGCAGAAUUGCUGCCCGGACUAAGGAUCCCCUGGUUUUGCAUAACAUCACUCGAGGCAUCUUUGAGAAGAUUGUGGAGCAGGCCCCGUUUGCCAUUGAAGACCUCAUGAAUGAAGUGGACACGCAAGAGGAGGAGGAGGAGGUGUCGGAGGGUGAUGAUGACUCGUCAGGGAGUGGUGAGCGUGGGCAAGGCCUACCGUCCAGCAAGUGGUCCAAGAAGCCGCCUGCAGGCUCUAUCCGCAGGACUGCACCUGAGAGGGAUGAGGCGCAGGCGGACGACGAUGGGGAUGGCGCAGGGCCUGUGCUGCAGUUUGACUAUGAGGCAGUUGGAAACAGACUGUUUGAAAUGGCUAGCCGGCAGAACACCCCUUCUCAGAACCGGAAGCGUCUCUACAAGGUGAUCCGCAAGUUGCAGAACCUGGCAGAAGGCAUCUUCCCUGAGGAUGACAUUCCUGAAGAAGCCUACGGGAGUCUGCAUGGAGGGCGGCCGGAGAGGAGGAUGAAGAAGCGUUUGUCUAAGUCGCGGUUGCAGAAGAAAGGGAAGAUUGACGAGGAUGCAAGUCCUGACCCAAGCUCAGAAACCAAAAGGAAGAGGAGCCGGAGGAGGGGUGCAGGGGCAGUCCCCGCAGUGCAGCUGGGCAGAGUGGAGGGUGUCCCACCCCAAGGGCAGCCCAGGGGCUGCGGCCAGAGAGCAGCUCGCAAGAGGAGGAGGAAGCCUCGGCAGCCAGCUGGUGCCAGGGCAAAGGUGGCCGAUGUCCAGGAGUCAGAGAAGAAGAAGUGGUCCCUGGAGGGCAGGAAGUGACGCGGCCAGUCGGGCCAGGCAAGGAGCAAGGGCUGCUGCUGGCUGCUCCUUGUCUGCACCGAGUCAAACAAGGGACAGGAUCAUCGGGCGUGCCCCCACUAGACUGAACGUUGACGGCUCCUUAACCCACUGCGUCAGGAAAGAGCUGAGGGACAGAGAGGGUGGACUUUCCCUUAGUGCCAGCGUCCUAGAGAACACUCCUUCCCCACAGCUACCACCUGCAGCUGUGAUGACCUUGGGUCAGAAAAUCCACCUUAGGAGACUUAGAACUCUACCUGCCCCAAGGACAGUCACCUAUGCCAUGGGGCAUCCAUCAAAUAAAAUUCUGUGAGUCCUUCCAAAAGAA